AUGGCUGAAAUGCUUGUGGAGGGAGGAUGCCAGCAGUGCCUGAGCGAGUCCUUGGUGUGCAUGGAACCCUUCCUCUACUUCAUCACCAUCCUGCAAAACUUCUCGCUGCAGCUGCUGGGGGCGCCAGAGAACAUUGACCUGACCCCGCUCAGCUCCGGUCUCUGCAAUUUGCCACGGCUGUGCCUGCGCCGUGCGAUGACACCCGAGCCCUUCCAGAUUCACUCGUGCGACCCCCGGCGGCUACUAUUAAUAGAUAAUGCUGCCUCUAACGAUAUCUGUUCCAUGGUCCUCGGGAACCCCUAUGGCUACAAGGACCCGGAGUUCCUGAGGCUCCUGGACCUCUUCAAUGACAAUUUCCGCUUGAAUUCCAGAUGGGGCGAGUUGAGAGGACUUUUCCCCUCCAUCCUGAACUGGCUCCUGGGCCCACACCACCUAAACGUCGCGGAGCUUUGGAUCUUCAUCCGAGCCAAUCCAGGAAACACAGCAGCCUGGGGAGCCCUGCAAUUUGAUUGCUUCCUAGAUCAAAUGGAUAGGGUGCAACCAAGUCACUUCCAGAAGGAAAAUUUGGUGAUGACCACAGGUAACCAUUUCUCCCGCAGCACGGAGACCACACACACCACCCUCAUUCUCCAGUUCCCAGAGGUGGCAUGUCUGUGCAGAGGGAAGCUGGACACCACAGUGGGUCAGGCACGCCUCCCAGGCCUGGAGGACCACCAGCGCCUGCCCUACACCAACACAGUGCUGCAGGAGACCCAGCGCUUCAUCAGAGUGCUGCCCCUAGGACUGUCACAUACCUUCGCCUGUGCAGCCACUUUCAGCCCAAGGUAUCCACUGAGUCUGGGGAUUGUGUGCAAAGCUCAGGAGCACCUAGGACCCUAUUCAAGGAUCCAUACUGCUUCAACACCCCUGGCCAACUUUCUGAAGGGCCAGUUCCUGGGGUACAUGGGGUUCUCCCCUCGAAUCUGUAUCCCCAAGAAAGUGGAUGUGCUUGGGUACAGGCCUGGCCUGACUGGAGAUCUUCCUCUUCAUCACUAUCCCGCAGUGUUCUUCCUGCUUCUUGUAGGGAGCCCCACCAACACAGACCUCACCCCGCAGUGCACCGGCCUGGGCAAUGUCCCCUUAGCUUUCCAGCUCUGCCUGGUGACCCGUUGA